AUGUCGCAUACUUUGAAGCUGUCCGUCCAGUCAAAAGUUAUCUUUAUUACAAAAAUAACAGAAAGAAAUAUUCAAUACCCAUGCGGUCAUCUAUUCGGACUAAUUGCUGCUGUUCUAGCAGACAAUGAAGCUCUUAAGGCUUCGCAAUUGACAACCUCCGACUCUUCAUUGACUUCAUUCCAACAUGAAGAUACUACGACACUUUUUGAAGAGACGACAGACUUAGAGGAACGAGCGGGGAUUCCGCUUACCCCCGAUGUCAUGAUAUCCAACUUUAUCAAGUCAUUGAUUGCGACGAUCAAAAAUAAGGUAAAAGCUUGGUAUUGGUUCUGGACGCAACAAAUCGCAGAAGAUAUUUACAAGCGACUUCAGCUUGACGACAAACUAGAAAACAUUCUAGUCAACCCCAAGUUUUACGCUUGGGUGACCUAUGUCGAUAUGCUUAACAAAAAGAACCCAAACAACAAGGUGUCAAUAGUUCAAUUGCUCACCAACACUUAUGGCGAUUUAGCUGUAGCAAAGGAAAUACAACGAGCCGUAUUUGAUACAAAAUGGAAAAUGGCGGUGAGGUUGCUCAUAGAACAGCGGCGGAACUGGAUUGCUGCCGGAAAAUCUGCAGACGAUAUUUUCACCAUGUUGGAGCUUGAUAAACUAGGAAGUGACAUUUUUGUGAAUUUAGAGCUAAUUACGUGGUACAACUACGUGGUCGUGACCAAGAGGAAGGGCGCAAGUACGGAAAUAGCAUCAGUGUUGCUGAAGCACUACAGUGAUACCACUUUGUCCAAAAUGUUUAAGGAGGCAAAGCCGAUUAUCCGACUGAUGGAAUAUACGGUGAAGUUGGAAACUGCGGUGGGGAAGUUUCUAAAAGCGAAGACCUCCCUUGCUCACGAACAUUUUAAGGCACUGGAUCUUAACACUAAAGUAGAUGAUCUUCUCACCAGCCCAAACUUGAGGACUUUUCUCGAGUAUUUGAAGGUGUUAAACAGGAAAAUGCCAGGUAGACCAAUUACACAGAUCGAAAUAUUCACAUACUUUUUCGGUGACCGAGCGCUAGCAUGUAUGCUUGAGGCCGCGAAGAAGGUGAAAGAUACAGAGACAAUUGCAAGGCUAUACCAAGCUGCGCAGUUCAAUCAGUGGCUCCGUGAUGGUAGAACACGACAAGAGAUCUGGAAAAUGUUCAAGUUGGAGAAGGCUACGCUGACGACAAACCCCGACGCGGAAAUAUGGCGCGGAUACAACUCUUAUUGCCAGUUACAUUACAAGUCGUGA